AUGGCUGAAUUCCCCACCCCAGAGCAGCUGGAAUUUAUUCUUGAUGCCACAGUACAGACAAGUACAAAUUCGAGUUUAGAUCUUCGGACUGAGGCAUCUGGAGAACGUGUCUUACGCUACUGGAUAGAGAUCCUCUCCCUGGUCAUUGCCCUGGUCGGGCUGGUGGGGAACAGCAUCGUCCUGUGGCUGCUGGGCUUCCGCACCCGGAGGAGCCCCUUCUCUGUCUACAUCCUCAACCUGGCUGCAGCCGAUGUUCUCUUCCUUGGCAGCUACUUUGGGCUCCGCAUGGGGAGACUUGUUGGAUAUUUAAAACGUAAAGUCCUGAAGCAGCUAGAGCCCUGCCUCCUAGGCCUGCCCUAUUGUGUGGGUCUGAGCCUGCUGGCUGCUAUCAGCACGGAGCGCAGUCUGUCUGUGCUCUUCCCCAUCUGGUACAGAUGUCACCGGCCCAAGCACACAUCUGCAGCUGUGUGCGCCAUCCUAUGGGUUCUGCAGGACCUGUUCUGGGGAGUAUUUGUGCUUCUUGAUUUCCUUAACAAAGAUGACUUCGACGAUUUCUAUUUCUAUCUCUACUUCAUCCUGUUUGGGUGGUUCGUCCUCCUCACCUGUGUGCUGGGCGUGUCCUGCCUGACGCUGGUGCUGAGGGUCCAGUGCAGCUCCCAGCGCAGGAGCCCUCCCAGGCUCUACCUCCUGGUGCUGCUCACAGUCCUCGUGUUCCUGCUCUGCGGUCUGCCCUGGGGGAUUCUUGAUGCAGUUCGGUUUUUUAGCGGCUCCCGUUUCAUGCCUUCUAGGCUCUCCAGGCUCCUGGCCUGUGUGAACAGCAGCGCAAACCCUUUCAUUUACUUCUUCCUGGGCAGCCAAUGGCGUAGAAGAGGGAGGGAGCCGCUCAGGGUGGUCCUGCAGAGGGCUCUGGGGGAGGAGCAGUUGGCAGGGGAUGGAGGGAGGGGCACUUCCCACCCCAACCCUGUGGAUAAGAACAAGAGGCUCAGACAAGGGAGCUCAUGA